AUGGUCGCAACUUUCUGCACCCCUCCGGAGCUGCACAGCAUUGUGGAGAAGGAGAAGCAUGGACCCACCACUCAGCAGUUGCAGCAGACAGACUUCCCCUCCCAGGGCUACACUGCCAAGGUGCAGCUGCCCUACCAGUGCCAACAUGGACAACUGCCCCGCAAGAUAGAGAUCGAAAGACGGAGGCGAGAGUAUCUUAACAUGAACAUUUCUGAGCUGUUGGCAGAGCAGGGCAUUGACUCCAACCUCUUAAUCCCAAGACACCGAAGCAAUGUGGAUAGCCCAGCCAAACCAAAUAGCCCUGCUCUCUCUGUGUCAAACUACCUGCCCCUGGAGAUAUUUGACAAUGAAGAGUUCGACUGCCGCACCCCUCAGGAUUGGCUAGCCUUAGGCACCGAGCCAGGGUCCGCUGAGAGAAAGCCAGUUCCUGCAAAAGCCUUGCUGCCCAACUAUGACAAGAUUCCAAAUGACUUAAGAAGUCCAUCUGUAACAUACUCCUGGCAUUCUGUUGGGGUUUUAGACUACUACCCGGAGAAAAAGCUGUACUUGGUUCAUAAGGACCGUAAUGGCAGAGUGAGGGACAGCAAAGGGAAGCCAAUUCUGAAGUCAAAAGAGAGAGCUAAAGGCAAGGCCAAAGCCCUGACUCUUGCAGUGCGGCACUACGGCUCUCCCCCAGUCCUUCUGGGUCAGUACUGGGUCCCCAGGAUCCAGGUGCAGUUUAGCGCUGAGGACCCACGCGUGUUCAUGCAGAGGGUGCUGUUCGCCCAUAGCUGGAGGGAGAACACAGAGGGCCUGCUGUUCUAUCACUUGGCAGUGGACAGCAUGCCUGUCUGGGAGGGCAUGCCCUCUCUUGGUCGGGGCAGCCUCGACCGCAUCAAGAAACAUGCGCUCUCCACACCAGGCCUCCGGCUGAAUCUGUGAGUUAGCUCCUGUGUAUUCCAAUUAGCUGAUAUAUUAAGUGAGAUUAAUCUGGCAUACGAUCGCACCACGAACCGGAUGGUUUUUGACAAAGUGGUGAAAGAGGACCCAGAGAAGUUCUCCCAUAUCACCGUUCCGCAAAGAGAGCCGGAGACCGUGCCAGAGAGAGGGUUUGUGUCUAUCCCUGCGUAUCCUUUUGAGAAGAACCGGGCAGCGUUCACCUUCAACACGCUCUUGACCAAGCCUGAGGUGAUCUCAGCCCUGUCUAAAGUGCACGGCGAGUGCAACAGGGUGGCUUCCAUGAGCCUGUUUCACCUGACCUUCACCAAGGUCCUGCGGCUCGAGGAGUUUGAGCUGGCUCAGUCCCAGACGCACGCACAGGUUCAGCUGUUCCUGCGCGACUCGUGGGUGACGACCCUGUGCAACAGCAUCCGCUCCAGCCUGCGGGACGUGGCCGUGGGCUGGUUCUGUCUGAAGGAGUCCCGCUGGGAGGUCUACUGCAUGUCCAAGAUGUGCUGCCUCAUGUCCCAGGUGCGCUACAGCCUGCAGGACUCGCUGCGUUUCCUGGUGCAGCACUCGCUGGCCAGCCUCUCCCAGUUCCUGCUCGACACCUGCCAGAACGUGCUGCACUGCCCGCAGGACAUGGUCUGGGGCGAAGACCUCAUCCACAGCCCCUAUAAGCCCAAAAAGAGCCCCCUGUUUCUGGUGGACCUCAUUCUUGACCUGACCGGAGCUCACUACAGCACACUACUGGAGAACUUUGAGAGUUCCAUAAUGAACCUCUUUGACAAGGGCAUUUUGUCCACACACAAUGUCCCUCAGUUGGACAAGUUUGUGAUGACGAGCAUGUUCAUCAGCGGCACGCCACUGCUGGAGUCGGUUGGGCUGCUGGAGCCGGCCGUGCAGGAGCUGCGAGAGCGGAUGAGGCAUGCGCUGCGCCAGGCCACCAUUCCGCUCCGAGCCUACGCCCGCGAAUACGAGUGCCACCUGGAGCUGCACAACUCCGAUGUGGAGAGCUUCCUCCGGGCCCACAGCCAGCCAGAGCAGACUCCCCAGGAGGUGAAACGGGAGGUGGAGCAGCACUUGAAGGAGAAAGAGGUGUUGGACCAGUCACUGCCAGCCUCCAUCAUCAUCGGGCCCUUCCUGGUUAGCGUGGAGAUGGUUCGUCAGAACCUGUCCAAGAAGCGGCGCGCUCUGGCUAACGCUGUGCUGGACAGGCUGGCAGUGAAACUACGCAAGCAACUGGAAGAUGCCUGUGAGGUAUGCAAGGCCAUCAGCAGAAAGCUCUAUGAGAAACCCAACAGCGUAGAGGAUCUGACGGAGCAGAGAGAAUGGAUGAAGCAGAUCCCAGAGCAACUCAAAGCACAUGAGGAGGUUUUAUCCAAAGCCAUGUCUGACUAUGAGCUGAUUGAUGAGUUUUUCUACAGUCUGUCCAAUGAUGAUUUCAAUGCUAAGUGGACAGCCAUGGCCUGGCCCCACAAGAUUGAGAAACAGAUGGAGGCGGUGGCUGCACAGCACGUGGAGGACGAGGAGCGCUUCCACAAGAUCCAGCUGGUCGACCAGAACAACUUCCAGGACCGCCUGGACUCCCUGCAAAUGUUGGUGGCUGGAUUUUCGGGCCACACGGACGUCACCCGGGCACAUGAGGUGGCCAACGAGGUGCGCCGUGUCAGCAAACAGCUGAAGGAAUCCCAGGCCAUGGCGUCGCUGUACAACAACCGCGAGCGACUCUUUAACAUUCCCGUCACCAACUAUGACCGUCUGCAGAAGCUGACUAAGGACUUCCAGCCAUUCCGGGACCUCUGGUCCACCACCUCAGACUGGCUGCGUUGGCACGAAAGCUGGAUGACUGACCCGCUGUCUACCAUUGACCCAGAACUGCUGGAGCGCAACGUCAAUGACGCCUUUAAGACCAUGCACAAAUGUGUCAAGCAGUUCAAGGACAUCCCUGCCUGUCAGGACGUGGCGAUGGAGAUCCGCGGGAAGAUCGAGGAGUUCACUCCGCUCAUCCCGCUGAUUCAGGGCCUGCGCAACCCCGGCAUGCGCAGCCGCCACUGGCAGGUGCUGUCGGAGCAGAUCAAGAUGAACGUCCAGCCCAAAGCCAACCUGACCUUCUCCCGCUGCCUGGAGAUGGGCCUGCAGAACCACGUCAAGGACAUCGCCAUGGUGGCGGAGGUGGCUGGGAAGGAGUACGCCAUUGAACAAGCCCUUGACAAAAUGGAGAAGGAGUGGGCCACGGUGGCUUUUGAUGUGCUUCCUUAUAAGGAGACAGGCACCUACAUCCUGAAGAGUCCUGACGAGGCCUCCCAGCUGCUGGACGACCACAUCGUCAUGACCCAGAGCAUGUCCUUCUCGCCCUUCAAGAAACCCUUUGCGAACCGCAUCAGCACCUGGGAGGGCAAGCUGAGAAUGACACAGGAUGUGUUGGAGGAGUGGCUGACCUGCCAGCGCUCCUGGCUCUACCUGGAGCCCAUCUUCAGCUCCGAUGACAUCAACCGCCAGCUGCCUGUCGAGGGCAAGAGGUACCAGACGAUGGAUCGCACCUGGAGGAAGAUCAUGAAGAUGGCAAACGACAACCGCCAGGUGAUUGAGGUGUGCCCGGACGCUCGAUUGCUGGACAGCCUGAGAGACUGCAACAAGCUGUUGGAAAUGGUACAGAAAGGCCUGAGCGAGUAUCUGGAGACCAAGCGUGGAUCCUUCCCAAGAUUCUACUUCCUGUCUGAUGAUGAGCUCCUGGAGAUUCUGUCUCAGACCAGAGACCCAACCGCUGUGCAGCCCCAUCUGCGUAAAUGCUUUGAGAAUAUUGCACGGCUGAAGUUCCAGUCGGACCUGCAGAUCACUCACAUGUACUCAGGGGAGGGUGAAGAGGUCGAGCUGGUGAACCCUGUGCAGCCAUCUGGCAAUGUGGAGGACUGGCUGAGGGAUGUGGAGAGGUCCAUGAAGGCCAGUUUGAGGGAGAACAUCCACCGCUCGCUACUUGCAUACCCACAGCAACCCCGUACUGAGUGGGUUCUGUCAUGGCCGGGCCAGGUGGUCAUCGCGGGCUGUCAGACCUUCUGGACCACGGAGAUGUCUGAGGCCCUAGAGCAGGGCGAUCUGGCCAGCCGCCUCUACCCUCAGCUGCAGACACAGUUGGGAGACCUGGUGCAGCUGGUGAGAGGUGGUCUGUCUAAGAUGCAGAGGUCAGUCCUGUCCGCACUGAUCGUCAUUGAGGUCCACGCUAAAGAUGUAGCUGCAAAGCUGGUGGAGGAGAACGUGUCCAGUGUCCACGACUUUGAGUGGAUCAGCCAGCUCAGGUAUUACUGGGCUAGAGAUGACAUGUACAUCAGAGCAGUGAAUGCGGAGUUCCUGUACGGUUACGAGUAUCUGGGCAACUCAGGACGCCUGGUCAUCACUCCUCUGACAGACAGGUGCUACCUGACCCUCACAGGGGCUCUGCACCUGAAGUUCGGAGGGGCCCCGGCAGGACCUGCAGGUACGGGCAAAACCGAGACCACCAAAGACCUGGGCAAAGCGCUGGCCAUCCAGACUGUGGUCUUCAACUGCUCUGACCAGCUGGACUUCAUUGCCAUGGGGAAGUUCCUCAAGGGCCUGGCCAGCUCCGGAGCAUGGGCCUGUUUCGAUGAGUUCAAUCGCAUCGAUGUGGAGGUGCUGUCUGUGGUGGCGCAGCAGAUCACCACCAUCCAGAAAGCCCAGCAGCAGAGGGCAGAGAGAUUUGUGUUUGAGGGGGCCGAGAUUCCACUAGUACCCUCCUGUGCCGUUUUCAUCACUAUGAAUCCUGGGUACGCAGGACGUACCGAGUUGCCGGAUAACCUAAAGGCCCUGUUCCGACCGGUGGCCAUGAUGGUUCCUGACUAUGCCAUGAUUGCAGAGAUCUCCCUUUACUCCUUUGGCUUCAGCGACGCCAAAAUUCUGUCCAAGAAGAUCACCAGCACCUUCAAGCUGUCCUCCGAGCAGCUCAGCUCCCAGGAUCACUAUGAUUUUGGGAUGAGAGCUGUGAAGACUGUCAUUUCUGCUGCGGGAAACCUUAAAAGAGAGAACCCGGACAUGGACGAGGAGCUGAUCUGCCUUCGCGCCAUCCGGGAUGUCAACGUGCCCAAGUUCCUGCAGGACGACCUGAAGCUCUUCAGCGGCAUCGUGUCCGACCUCUUCCCCAAGAUCAAAGAGGAGCCCAUCGACUAUGGCACGCUGGAGGAGUCCCUCCGCAGCGUCUGCGCCAAGAAGUGCCUGAAGGACGUAGAUGGUUACAUCACCAAAUGUAUCCAGCUGUACGAGACGACCGUGGUGCGUCACGGACUCAUGUUGGUCGGGCCACCUGGCUCAGGCAAAACCAAGUGUUAUAAGGUUUUGGGAGCUGCGCUCACAGCUCUGCAGGGACAGCCGUCUGUCAGCGGAGGGGUGUACGAGGCGGUGCAGACGUUUGUGCUCAACCCCAAAUCCAUCACCAUGGGGCAGCUCUACGGAGAGUUUGACCUCCUCACACAUGAGUGGACCGAUGGCAUUCUGUCCUCUCUGGUGCGCGGUGGUGUGGCCUCCACAGAUGAGGAUAAGAAGUGGUACAUGUUUGAUGGGCCAGUGGACGCAGUCUGGAUCGAGAACAUGAACACUGUGCUGGACGACAACAAGAAGCUCUGUCUGAGUUCUGGAGAAAUCAUCAAGCUCACUGAUUGCAUGACCAUGAUGUUUGAGGUGCAGGACCUGGCCGUGGCGUCGCCGGCCACGGUGUCUCGCUGUGGCAUGGUGUACCUGGAGCCCAGCAUCCUGGGGCUCAAGCCCUUCACCGAGUGCUGGCUCCGCACCAUCCCCGCACCCCUGCAGCCCUACACACAGGAGCUGGACUCGCUCUUCACACGCUUUCUGCAGGACUCGAUUGCAUUUGUGCGCUCCUCAGUGAAAGAGGUCAUCGCCUCAAUGGACAGCAAUCUAACUUGCAGUCUACUGAAACUACUCGACUGUUUCUUUAAGCCAUUUGUUCCUCUAGAGGGGACAAGGCCUCCACCCCAGGAGAAGCUGUCUCGUCUGAGUGAGCUGAUCGAGCCCUGGUUCAUCUUCUCUCUGGUGUGGAGCGUGGGGGCUACCGGAGACGCCGCCAGCUGGCCCAAGUUCAGCCUCUGGCUCAGGGACAAGAUGGCCGAGGAGAAAAUCAAGCUUUGCUUCCCAGAGGAAGGGCUUGUGCAUGACUACCAGCUAGAUGACGCGGGGAUAAGUAACUUAUCAGAAGAGGAGGAGGAGGACAAAGACAGAAAGGUGCGAUGGGUCAGUUGGAUGAAGUCUGCACAGAAGGUGGUCAUCACGCCAGACACCAGCUACUCUGACAUCAUUGUGCCCACAGCAGACACUAUACGCAUGUCCUUCCUCAUGGACAUGCUGCUGUCCAACAAGAAGCCAGUUCUGUGCAUCGGGCCCACGGGCACAGGGAAGACUCUGACCAUAUCAGAUAAGCUGCUGAAGAACAUGCCAGCAGAGUACAUCACUCACUUCUUGAUGUUCUCAGCACGCACAUCAGCCAAUCAGACGCAGGAUUACAUGGACAGCAAACUGGACAAGAGGCGUAAAGGAGUGUUCGGGCCUCCUCUGGGCAAGUAUUUUGUCUUCUUCAUUGACGACUUGAACAUGCCCAUGCUGGAGACAUAUGGGGCCCAGCCCCCUAUUGAGCUGCUGCGCCAGUGGAUGGACCACGGAGGCUGGUACGACAGGAAACAGAUUGGUGCCUUCAAGUACCUGGUGGACAUAAACUUUGCGUGCGCCAUGGGCCCCCCUGGGGGCGGCAGGAACCCCAUCACCCAGCGCUUCACUCGCCACUUCAACUUCCUGUCCUUCACCGAGAUGGAUGAUAGCAGCAAGAAAAAGAUCUUCUCCACUAUCCUGGGCAACUGGAUGGAUGGAAACAUGAGUAAAAAGGACCCAGGCAAGAAGAUCCCUGAGAUCCUGCCCUUGAACGAGCCCCUGGUGGACGCCACCAUCCGCGUGUACUCCACCAUCACGUCCUGCCUGCUGCCCACGCCCGCCAAGUCCCACUACACCUUCAACCUGCGCGACCUCUCCAAAGUGUUCCAGGGCAUUCUCAUGGCAGAGGCCAUCAAGAUCGAGACUAAAGAGCACCUGCUGCGGCUGUGGUUCCACGAGAGCUGCCGAGUGUUCCAAGACCGGCUGGUCAGCGCCGAGGACAGGCAGUGGUUCGACCAGCUGCUGCAGACCUGCAUCGAGGAGUUUGACUGCCGCUUCGACGACGUCGUCCCCUCUCGGCCUGUCCUCUUCGGGGACUUCAUGGUGCCAGGGGCGGAUACCAAAAUAUAUCAGCACAUAGAGGACAGGGGGAAGUUGGCUCGAGUCAUGGAUGAGUACAUGGAUGACUACAACCAGAUCAGCACUGCCAAGCUGAAGCUGGUGCUCUUCAUGGAUGCCAUCCAGCACGUGUGCCGCAUCAGCCGCAUCCUGCGCCAGCCCCUGGGCAAUGCCCUGCUGCUGGGCGUCGGGGGCAGUGGGCGCCAGUCUCUCACCAAGCUGGCCAGCCACAUGUCUGAUUACGAGUGUUUCCAAAUCGAGUUGUCUAAAAACUACGGGAACGCAGAGUGGAGAGAGGAUAUCAAAAGCAUCAUGCUGAAAGCUGGCCUCACCAACGUCCAGAUCACCUUCCUCUUUGUAGACACACAGAUUAAGAAUGAGUCCUUCCUGGAGGACAUCAACAACAUCCUGAAUUCAGGCGACGUGCCCAACCUGUAUGCCACCGACGAGCAGGAGCGCAUCCUGAACACCAUGAAGCCCGUGGUGCAGGACCUGGGGCAGCAGCCCACCAAGGCCAACCUCCUGGCCGCCUACAUCAAGAGAGUCCGCAGCAACAUACACACCGUGCUCUGCAUGAGCCCCAUUGGCGAGGUGUUCCGGGCGCGGCUCAGGCAGUUCCCCUCGCUGGUCACCUGCUGCACCAUCGACUGGUUCAGCGCCUGGCCAGAGGAGGCACUGCAGUCCGUGGCCACCUCCUUCCUCGGUGAGCUGCCGGAACUGGACGCUACCCCUGCCGCCAUGACCGGCCUGAGCCUGAUGUGCGUGAGGAUCCACCAGGUUGUGGCCAGGAUGUGCGGCCAGUACCUGGCCGAGAUGUCGCGGUACAACUACGUCACGCCCAAGAGCUACCUGGAGCUGCUCAGCAUAUUCUCAGCCCUCAUUGGCCGCAAAAAGCAGGAGCUUAACGGAGCUCGGCUGCGCAUGAAGACUGGCCUGGAUAAGUUGCUGAGCACAGCCGAGGAUGUGGGUAAGAUGCAGGAGGAGCUAGAGAUGAUGAGGCCUCUUCUGGAGGAGGCUGCCAAGGACACAGUGGUCACCAUGGAGAAGAUCAAGGAAGACACUGUGGUUGCCGAGGAGACCCGAGUGGCGGUGCAGGCGGAGGAGGCCAAAGCCACAGAGAAGGCGACGGUGGCAGGGGCCAUCGCAGCCGAUGCCCAGAAGGACUUGGACGAGGCUCUGCCUGCCCUGGACGCGGCCCUCGCCAGCCUCAAGUCCCUCAACAAGAACGACGUCGUUGAGGUACGAGCCAUGCAGAGGCCCCCACAGGGAGUGAGGCUGGUCAUUGAAGCUGUCUGCAUCAUGAAGGGCAUCAAGCCUAAAAAGGUUGCAGGAGAGAAACCAGGCACUAAGGUGGACGACUACUGGGAGCCAGGAAAGGGCCUUCUUCAGGACCCAGGAAAGUUCUUGGAGGGCCUGUUUAAGUUUGACAAGGAUAACAUCCCAGAUUCUGUGAUCAAGCUGGUGCAGCCGUACAUCGACAACGAGGAGUUCCAGCCGGCGCACAUCGCCAAAGUGUCCAAAGCUUGCACCUCCAUCUGCCAGUGGGUGCGAGCCAUGCACAUCUACCACUUCGUCGCCAGGGCAGUGGAGCCUAAACGGCAAGCCCUGCAGGAGGCCCAGGAGGACCUGGCGGUGACGCAGCGCAUCCUGGACGACUCGCGGGACAAGCUGGCGGCCGUGGAGGAGGGCAUCGCCACGCUGCAGGCCAAGUACAGCGACUGCCUGGCCAAGAGGGACGAGCUGGACAGCAAGUGCCAGCUGUGCGAGAAAAGGCUUGUCCGGGCCGACAAGCUGAUUGGUGGUCUGGCCGAUGAGAAAGUGCGCUGGAAAGAAACCGUUGAGAACCUGGAGUACAUGGUUAAUAAUGUGGCUGGGGACGUGUUGCUCGGAGCUGCAUAUGUAGCCUACCUGGGUACAUUCACCGGGGAGUACCGGGCAGCCAUGGCAGAGGAGUGGCUGCAGGGCUUCAAGGAGCUGGGCGUGCCCCACACGGAGCCCAACCUCAUCAACACGCUCGGAGACAAAGUCAAGAUCCGCUCCUGGCAGAUCGCAGGCCUACCAAAGGAUAAUCUGUCCGUGGAGAAUGGUGUUAUUGUUCAGUACUCCGAGCGCUGGUGCCUGUUCAUUGACCCUCAGGGACAGGCCAACAAGUGGAUCAAAAACAUGGAAAGUCUUUUCUAGCCACAUCGGGACAAUGGAUUGGACGUGAUGAAGCUGAGUGACCGGGACUUCCUGCGCAGCCUGGAGAAUGCAAUCCGCUUCGGGAAGCCCUGUCUGCUGGAAAACAUCGGGGAGGAGCUGGACCCUGCACUGGACCCGGUUCUCAUGAGACAAACAUACAAGCAGCAGGGCAAUGUUGUUCUGAAGCUAGGAGACACUAUCAUCCCCUAUCACAACGACUUCAAGAUGUACCUGACCACCAAGCUGCCCAACCCACACUACUCUCCAGAGAUCUCCACCAAGGUCACGCUCAUCAACUUCACCCUGUCACCAAGCGGUCUGGAGGACCAGCUGCUGGGCCGCGUGGUGGCCGAGGAGAGGCCUGACCUGGAGGAGGCCAAGAACCUGCUGAUUGUGAGCAACGCACGCAUGAAGCAGGAGCUGAAGGAGAUCGAGGACCAGAUCCUGUACCGGCUCAGCUCGUCCGAGGGGAACCCGGUGGAUGACGAGGAGCUCAUCCGCGUGCUGGGAGCGUCCAAGAUCAAAGCCGCCGAGAUCGAGGCUAAAGUGAGGGUGGCUGAGGAGACGGAGCGGGACAUUGAUGCCACCCGUCUGGAGUACGUGCCAGUAGCCGUCCGCACCCAGAUCCUUUUCUUCUGCGUGUCGGACCUCGCCAACGUGGACCCCAUGUACCAGUACUCUCUGGAGUGGUUCCUGGGCAUCUUCAUGGCUGGCAUUGCCAACUCGGAAAGGGCCGGCACGGUGGAGGAGCGAAUUGUCAACAUCAACGAGUACUUCACCUUCAGCCUGUUCAGCAACGUGUGCCGCAGCUUGUUUGAGAAGCACAAGCUGAUGUUCGCCUUCCUGUUGUGCGCCCGCAUCAUGAUGAACGACAACAAGAUCGACAUGGCGGAGUGGCGUUACCUGCUGGCAGGGGGCAUGGCCCAGCUGGAGCUGCCCAAUCCGGCAGUGUCGUGGCUCUCGGACCGCGCCUGGCAGGACAUCCUGGGCCUCAGCGCCCUGCCCACCUUCAGCAACCUGGCCGACAGCUUCUCCGACCACAUGGAUGGCUUCAGGAAGAUCUUCAACAGUAGCCAGCCACACAGGCAGUCUGUCCCUGGUGAGUGGAACACAAAGCUGAGCUCCUUCCAGAAGCUUCUGAUCCUGCGCUGCCUGCGAGCCGACAGCCUGACACAGGGACUGCAGGACUUUGUGGCUGCCCAGCUAGGCCAGCGCUUCAUUGAGCCUCAGACGUCCGACCUCUCGGUGGUGUUUAAGGAGUCGUCUCCCACCAUCCCGCUCAUCUUCGUGCUGUCCCCAGGGACCGACCCGGCCGCCGACCUCUACAAGUUCGCCGACGUCAUGAAGUUCUCCAAGAAAAUGAACGCCAUCUCCCUCGGCCAAGGCCAGGGGCCCUGGGCUGAGGCCAUGAUGCACAGCGCCAUGGAGAAAGGCAAGUGGGUCUUCUUCCAGAACUGCCACCUGGCGCCCAGCUGGAUGCCCUCUCUGGAGCGGCUCGUCGAGAAUAUUGACCCGGAAAAGGUGCACAGAGACUUCCGUGUGUGGCUUACGAGUCUGCCCAGCAACAAAUUCCCGGUGUCUAUUCUGCAAAAUGGCUCCAAGAUGACCAUCGAGCCCCCCAAAGGCAUCAAAGCCAACCUGCUGAAGAGCUACCUGAGUCUCUCUGAGGAUUUCAUCACUACGUGUUCCAAGGCGUCGCAGUUGAAGUCUCUCCUGUUCUCCCUGUGCCUGUUUCACGGAAAUGCCAUUGAACGCAGGAAGUUUGGACCUCUGGGCUUCAACAUUCCAUACGAGUUCACCGAUGGGGACCUGCGCAUCUGUAUAAGCCAGCUGAAAAUGUUCCUGGACGAGUACCAGGACAUUCCUUACAAGGUGCUGAAGUACACGGCGGGCGAGAUCAACUACGGCGGCCGCGUGACGGACGAUUGGGACCGGCGCUGCAUCCUCAACAUCCUGGAGGAUUUCUACUGUCCCGCUGUGCUGGAGCCUGACCACAGCUACUCUCCCUCCGGAGAGUACAGACAGAUCGACACUGACCUGGACGUGAAGGGGUACUUGGAGUACGUGCGCGGCCUGCCCAUCAACGACGCGCCGGAGAUUUUUGGGCUCCACGACAAUGCCAACAUCAGCUUUGCCCAGAACGAGGCGUUCACUCUGCUGGGCGCCGUGGUGCAGCUCCAGCCCAGGGCCGCGGCCAGUGGUGGCAAGGGCAGAGAGGAGAUUGUUGAGGAAAUUGUGGGUGGUAUCAUGGAGAAGAUUCCUGGUCCAAUCGAUGUGGAGGAGGUGAUGACCAAGUAUCCCGUUCUGUAUGAGGAAUCCAUGAACACAGUUCUCAUCCAGGAAGUCAUAAGGUAUAACAAGUUGCUGGAGGUCAUAUCCAGAAGCUUGGUUGACCUGGUGAAGGCUUUGAAAGGCUUGGUGGUGAUGUCUUCCGAGCUGGAGCUCAUGGCCAACAGCCUGUUCAUCAAUGCUGUCCCAGAUAUGUGGAAGGCCAAGGCGUACCCCUCUCUGAAGCCCUUGUCCUCGUGGGUGUCUGACCUCCUCCAGAGGAUCAGUUUCCUGCAGGGAUGGAUCACAGAUGGCAUUCCCUCCGUGUUCUGGAUCAGUGGCUUCUUCUUCCCACAGGCCUUCCUGACAGGAACGCUGCAGAACUUUGCUCGCUCCUCUUUGGUCUCUAUUGAUACGAUAGGAUUCGACUUCAAGGUGAUGGAGGAAUCCCCCGCAGAGCUGGACACCAGGCCCAAGACGGGCUGCUAUAUCCACGGCCUGUUUCUGGAGGGCGCUCGCUGGGACGCCCACGCUGGCCUGCUGACCGAGUCACGGCCAAAGGAGCUCUACACAGAAAUGGGCAUCCUCUGGCUGGUGCCCGUUCCCAACCGCAAGGCUCCGGCCUCAGGCAUCUACCUCUGCCCCAUCUACAAGACCCUGACGCGUGCUGGAACUCUCUCUACAACGGGCCACUCCACCAACUACGUCAUCUGUGUGGAGCUGCCCACUGACCGCACCCAGAGGCACUGGAUCAAACAAGGCGUGGCACUAAUCUGUGCAUUGGACUACUGA